GCUCACAUUUCGUUCUAUUUAAUAUACUUUAAUGGCUAUAAAUUGGCUACUAUUGGUUAGCAGACAGGGAAAAGUUCGCCUCACAAAAUGGUUCAUUACAAUUCCCCCAAAAGAAAAAGCAAAGAUUGUUAAAGAUGCAACCCAAUUAGUCUUGGCUCGUCGAGUCAAGAUGUGUAACUUCCUAGAAUAUAAAGACCAAAAAAUUGUAUACAGAAGAUAUGCGAGUCUUUUUUUUGUGGCGGGUAUCAACCAAGACGACAACGAGCUUAUAACACUUGAAAUCAUUCAUCGCUAUGUGGAAAUUUUAGAUCGUUAUUUUGGCAAUGUUUGCGAGCUUGAUUUAAUUUUUAACUUUCAAAAGGCAUAUUUUAUCCUCGAUGAGCUACUUAUUGCAGGUGAAUUACAGGAAACCAGUAAGAAGUCUGUAUUAAGAGUCAUAACACAAGAAGACCAGUUUGAGGAACAGGAAGGAAAUGAACUUAGAGCAGGAUAGAUUGUUAAUCAACCCGAUUUAGGACAGUUAUUUUAUCAAUCCAUAUUUAACAAAAAGUUGUCGCAUAUGAUAAUGCUAGGAAAUUAGCAUCAGACUUUCAAAUUAGCCUUUUUUGUUGUGGAUAUGAGGUGUCAGUGAACUUUCAUGAAGAACCUUUCAAAUUUUCAACAUGAUGAGCGUUUUUAUAUUCUAAUCCUUCAAUAAUACAUCA